CCGGAAUACCGUUUGGAGUCCGAUCGAUUCAGAGUCGUCGAGUGUGCUCAAUGCCGUCGCUUUCAAUGGAGAAUUCGGGGUUCAUCUCCCUUGACUUGUCGGCCGCUCAUGCGCAGGCAAAGACCGCACCCAUUAUUUUUAUUGCCGGCGACUCCCUGUCUCUGUUUUUAUCUUUUUUUUUUUUGGGGGGGUUGGGGUUCUCGGCAGCCCUCUAUAUAUGGGCUGCUCGAGCGCCUCGGUUUGACCAUCUUCUUCGUGCCGAGGGGGUGGAUUUCGCUUCGUUUCGUGGAGUUUUGAGAGCUAGUCUCUGCUUGGGGAAGCCGUCUGGCAAUGGGACUCUGCGGUGGGAAGCCUGCGAAGUGCGCUCACUUUUCGUCCAGUUCCUUCGCCGAAGCUAAGCAAUCUCUUAGCAACGUUGGGAGGGAUCUGCCCCCUCUCAACCAGCAAAAGGCUAUACCGGGCUUGGAGAAAUCUCUGAUGAAAUCCAAGCUUGAUUCCUCGGUCCCCAACAAUCUCAAGUCCUUUAGCUUCAGCGAUCUCAAGAAUGCUACCAGAAACUUCCGCUCUGAUUCUGUGCUUGGAGAGGGAGGGUUUGGUUAUGUGUUCAAAGGAUGGAUUGAUGCGAAUACACUAUCUCCUACUAAACCUGGAAGCGGGAUGGUGGUGGCUAUAAAGAAACAGAAGUCUGAGGGCCUUCAAGGCCACAAGGAAUGGCUUGCAGAAGUAAAUUAUUUGGGCCAACUUCACCACGAGAAUCUUGUUAAGCUUAUUGGUUAUUGCAGUGAGUCAGAUAACAGACUACUCGUGUAUGAGUAUAUGCCAAAGGGUAGCUUGGAGAAUCAUUUAUUCAGAAAAAACGUUGAACCCAUUCCUUGGGCCACAAGGAUGAAUGUUGCCCUCAGUGUUGCACAAGGGUUGGCUUUCUUGCAUGGCUUAGAUGCUAAUGUCAUCUACCGUGAUUUAAAGGCUUCCAAUAUUUUGCUUGAUUCGGAUUUUAAUGCCAAACUCUCAGAUUUUGGCCUAGCAAGGGAUGGGCCUACUGGGGAUAAAACUCAUGUUUCAACACGAGUAAUGGGAACCCAGGGCUAUGCAGCUCCAGAGUAUGUGGCAACAGGUCACCUAACACCAAAGAGCGACGUCUACAGCUUUGGUGUUGUUUUGUUAGAAUUACUCACUGGACGACCGGCUCUGGAUUUUGAGAGACCUGGAUCUGACGAGGAGACCUUGGUCGAGUGGGCGAAGCCUUUCUUAAGCGACAGCAGGCGGAUCUUUAGAAUCAUGGACACGAGAUUGGGCGGUCAAUACUCUAGGAAAGAAGCCCAAGCCGCUUCUGCUCUCACUUUGCAAUGCCUCCAUACGGAUCCUAAGAUCCGGCCACCGAUGGCCGACGUUCUGGCGGCUCUACGAGGGCUUCGUACAACAAAGGGUGGGCAGAGACCGCCGCCUUCUAAGCUCGACCGCUGUGGGAAUUUGAAUUAAGCAUCUCGAGCCGCGCUUUCACGUUAUAAGCACGGCGUGAGGUUGUCGCCUUGGUUAGCUGCCUUCGCAUUAUUGGUUUGAAUGCCUGAAUUAGGGUGAGAACCCAAUAAUUUAGGCAACACCUUGUUUAUUCCUGGCGCCCAUGUAUUCCUUUUUUAUUUUAUUUUAUUUGUAUAGGUGAAGGUUUCUCUUCCUUGAACUCGGGGCUGUCUUAAAAAAGAAGACAUGCUGUUGGACACUUGUAUGUUAGACCGCCAAAAAGUUAGCUGAAUGAAAUCACAAUGAUUUUAAGGCUGUUGAAUUUUCAA